UUCCCUCCCUGCUCCCCAACCUGUCACCCCUCUCCGCAGGGCAAGUACAGCAAGCGCAAGAGCCGCUUCAAGCGCUCUGAUGGCAGCACCUCAUCUGACACCACCUCCAACAGCUUCGUCCGGCAGGGCUCAGCUGAGUCCUACACCAGCCGCCCCUCGGACUCGGAUGUGUCCCUGGAGGAGGACCGCGAGGCGCUGCGCAAAGAGGCUGAGCGCCAGGCGCUGGCACAGCUGGAGAAAGCCAAGACGAAGCCGGUAGCGUUUGCUGUCCGGACGAAUGUUGGCUACAACCCAUCGGCCAAUGAUGAUGUGCCUGUGCAGGGCAUGGCCAUCUGCUUCGAGCCCAAAGACUUCUUACACAUCAAGGAGAAGUACAACAACGACUGGUGGAUUGGGCGGCUGGUGAAGGAAGGCUGCGAGGUCGGCUUCAUCCCCAGCCCUGUCAAACUGGAGAACAUGCGGCUGCUGCAGGAGCAGAAGAUGAGGCAGAACCGACUGAGCUCCAGCAAAUCAGGUGACAACUCCAGCUCCAGCCUUGGUGAUGUGGUGACGGGGACACGCAGGCCCACCCCUCCGGCCAGUGGUGCCCUGGACACACAUAGCUUUGCCUUUGAGCCCGAUGAGUUAGAGGAGGAGGAGGCUGCGGAGACCCACUGCUCCCCUAAGAGUAGUGUGAGCAGUGUCACCACCCCCCCCGCCCACUCCAAGCGCAUCCCCUUCUUUAGGAAGGCUGAGCACGUGCCGCCCUACGAUGUGGUUCCCUCCAUGCGGCCCAUCAUCCUGGUGGGGCCAUCGUUGAAGGGCUACGAGGUGACAGAUAUGAUGCAGAAAGCACUGUUCGAUUUCUUGAAGCAUCGCUUUGAUGGCAGGAUCUCCAUCACGCGGGUGACGGCUGACAUCUCCCUCGCCAAGCGCUCUGUGCUGAACAACCCCAGCAAACACACCAUCAUCGAGCGCUCCAGCACACGCUCCAGCCUGGAUAUCUUGGCUGAGGUGCAGAGUGAGACGGAGCGCAUCUUUGAGCUGGCCCGGACCCUGCAGCUGGUGGCUUUGGAUGCUGACACCAUCAACCACCCGGCCCAGCUGGCCAAGACCUCCCUGGCACCCAUCAUCGUCUACAUCAAAAUCGCCUCCCCAAAGGUGCUGCAGCGGUUGGUGAAGUCUCGGGGCAAGUCCCAGGCCAAGCACCUCAACGUGCAGAUGGUGGCCUCCGACAAGCUGGCACAGUGCCCGCCUGAGAUGUUUGACAUCGUGCUGGACGAGAACCAGCUGGAGGAGGCCUGCGAGCACCUGGCCGAGUACCUGGAGGCCUACUGGAAGGCGACGCACCCCCCCAGCAGCAACCCCCCCAACCCGCUGCUCAACCGCACCAUGGCCACGGCCGCUCUGGCCGCCAGCCCCGCUCCCGUCUCCAACCUGCAGGCUCCAUACCUGGUGCACGGGGAGCCGCCGGGCGAGGGGAACGUCCGGGAGGGGGGGCCCAUCCCACCGCCUGCCCGUUUGGCCCCCCCCCGCCGCCUGUCCCGCCAGGACACCUUCGACUCGGAGACCCCCGGCAGCCGGGAUUCAGCCUGCACAGAACCCGGCAACUCUUGCAUGGACGUCGAGACCGAUCCCGGUGAGGAGGACCCCCGGCCCCCCCCGGGUCCCCGCGGUGCGUGGGAUGAGGAGCGGGGCCGGGGACCGCGGGGACGUGCCAAGGGCCACGACCGCUACUGCCCAGAGCCGCCGGAACCUUUGGGUCUGGACCAGAGUGACACAGAGGGCUGGGGACAGGAGGUUUACAUCCGCUAGGGUGAGGGGGGAUGUAGGCAGGGAUGGCCCCCCCCCCCCCCAACCCCUCUUUUCCCCAGCCCCAGUGCUGGCUUUGGGGCCAGGGGUUGCACUCAGCUGCUUGUCUUUGCAGGCCACGUGCCCAAAGCCUGUUCAGCUGUGCCAUGGGGUGUCCCUCACCCCACUCUUGGUGUUAAGGGGGGCUUCUCCCUCCCACCGCAGGCCCCCCAGCAUCCUGCGGUGCCUCGGGCCUUUUCUGUCCCACAGGGAGAGCGAGUGACCAAAGGGGACGUGCCAGUGGCUGGCGUAUCCCCAUCCCCUAUGGCACAGGGAGGGGGGCUUGCGCUCUCUCCAAUACCCAGCCCUUGCCUGCUGCCUGCAGCCCCCUCCCCAGGGUGCACCCGCUUCUCCAUGGUGCUCUUUGCCACCCUGCUGCAGGGGGACCCCUGAGCUGGUGGUGGAGGGGUUCCCCGCCAGCUGUCCCCUCCCCAGCUAGUGCCUGCCCCACAGCUGUGGGAGGGGUGCAUGCGUGUGCUGUGUGUGCAGGGUUUUGGGGUGCCCACUGGGUGCUGCCUGCCUGGGGAGGGGGGGGGCAUGGUUUUUGCAUGUGUUUGCAUUGGAGUGGGGGAGGAUUUUGCCUGUUUUUGGUGGGGGGGGGGAAAGUCUGAGCCAACUGGGGGGAGGGUGUCUAACAUGUGCUAACAGCUGCCCCAGUCCUGGCCUGCCACAGUGCCCAGCAGGUCCCGGGGGGGUCCUGUGCUACCCUCACCCCCCCCCCCUUUCCCUGGGACCAUGGGAACACACCGAGCAGCACCAGGCCCUGGCCCCUGCCAAACCCCCUCUGUGCCACCCCCUCUGUCUGCUCUUUCCCCAUCCAGCUGUGUCUGUCCGUCUGUGUGCCUGUCUGUCUGUCCCCCACCCCAGCUCCCCAGGGCACUGCCUUCACCUGUGCCCACCCUGGGGUGUCCCUUAUCCCUGUGCCCCCAUGAAGGUCGCAGCACUGGGGUGGGAACACCCCAUAGCCGACCCUCGCAGUGGGGCUGGGCUCACCUCUCGCCCCCCACCUUGGGGCGAUGCUGGGGUGGCCCUGGGGUCGCUGCCUUACCCACACCACCAGCCUUGCCAGCCUGGGCUGGGGGGGGCUCCGGGGUGCUCAGCUCUGCCGCUGCCAAAACGCCUCCGCCCGUUGUGUGCCUCAGUUUCCCCUUUUUUGCUGGGGGGAACUCGGUGUCACUGCCUGCCAAGUGCUUUGAGACCCACCUGCCCCGGUGCUUGCCCCCACCGGGGCCGAGCAGCUGGGCCCCCCCCCCCCUCCCCAGCCCUCCUAAAGGGCAGAGGGACGUCCCAUAUUUAUGUCAUCCCACAAACUUUAUUUAAAGACCCCGACAAAGUGUAUUUUAUUUAUUUAUUCUCCUUGGUGUGUGGGGGGACUCGCCCCGCUCGCUUGGUUCUUUGUAAUAAACAUUUCGGUGACAUCUC